GUCUCUCUUGAGAUAAGGAUCGCAACGGUUUCGGAAUGUUUUUCUAGUUUUUAGGAAAUGUGAAGAACCUGUAUGAGCUUGUCCUGUAGGCAGAAACGGGGUCUACAAGUGCUAUUGAAAGAUCUAAAGACCUUCAGGACAUGAAACAGUAGUCAGUUAGAGACUGGUUUUCUUUGGGAAUUCCUUCAAAAAGCCUGCAGACAUACAUAGAUAAAACAUACUGUUAACGCUUUCCUAAGAUGUUGCUGAAAUGGACAUUUCUUUUGGGUCUCUUUCUGCCGUCAUGCAGUGGAUGUGCGAGUGGAUAUACAUUUGUUAAAAGGAAAUGUGUUGAUAUAGAUGAGUGUGUGACAGAUCCGGGUCUGUGUGGUGAUGACGCUCAGUGUUUCAAUACACCUGGAAGUUACUACUGCAACUGUAAUGAAGGAUUUCGAUCAGCAGCAGCCAGUUUCACAGUAACAUCGGGGGAGUGUAGGGAUAUCAAUGAGUGUAUUGAGAAAACCCAUGAAUGCAGAGGUGAUAUGAAGUGUGUGAACACCAUGGGCUCCUUCAUGUGCGUCUGUCCACCAGGAUUUCAUGAACCAACAACAGGCUCAGGAUGUGAAGAUGUGGAUGAGUGUGUUUCCUCAGUGUGUGGAGUUCACAGCAGCUGCAUUAACACACUUGGCAGCUUCCGCUGCAUCUGUUCUCCAGGGUUUCUCAAACAUGAGAACGGCUCCUGUACAGACAAAGAUGAAUGUAAAGAUGUUCCUGAUGUUUGUGGCACAAACGCCAACUGCUCCAAUCAUCAGGGCAGCUACAGCUGUAAAUGCCAUGAGGGUUACAGUAACUAUGGCAAUAGCCAAUCAAAAUGCACUGAGAUGAGCUGCGACCACUUUGAGUCUGACACAGAGGACACGCCUGCAAAGUUGAAGACUUUACUGGCACUGUUGAGGAGCAGCUGUGAGUCUAUGCGUGGCCCAAACAGCCAUCAGAUAGGAGAGCAGUUACUGGAGAACUUGUUUACUUUCACUGACGAGCUGCUGUCGGGUGGAAACAUCGCUGACGGGAAGAUGCUGAAUCAUUGUCUGGACGCGGUGGAGAACAGCAUGCGUCUGAUUGGACCUCAGCUGAAAGAGCCUGUGACCAGGAUGGAGACACACAACACCUUUGCUGAAGUUGCAGUCAUGCGGGGGCAGACUCCACCCAGUGGGCGUGUCACUCUGAGCACAGACUCCGCCCUCUUCAGCACCAGCUGGGAAACAGUUGUAGGCAAAUCAUAUCCAGGUUUUGCAUUUGCGGCUCUGGUCAGUUAUAAAGAUCUGAACUCAUCCAGUGAUCUGCUCCACAAGAUGAGCAAUGAGAGAUCAGACGAUAAAGAGAGAAGUGUCACUUAUCAACUCAACUCUAAAGUGGUGACGGCCGUCGUCAGUAAUGAAGAAACCAAGCAGCUGUCAGAGUCGGUGACGCUCGUCUUUAGACACGUGGAGGAAAGAGUGGAGUCUGAGGGCAUGGCUUACUCUUGUGUGUACUGGGAUGAGACUGAGGGGGCGUGGUCUGGGCGGGGCUGUAAGAGGACUGAGUCUAACAGCACUCAUACAGUGUGUUCCUGCUCUCAUCUCAGUAGUUUCGCUGUGCUCAUGGCUCUCUAUCCUGUCCAGGACGCAUUUGAUUUGGUGUUGAUCACACAAGUGGGUUUGGCUCUGUCUCUGGUCUGUUUAUUUCUCUGCAUCCUGACUUUCAAGUUCUGCCACUCUAUCCAAGGAACCCGAACCAGCAUUCAUCUCCAUCUGAGCAUCUGUCUCUUCAUUGCAGACCUCAUCUUCCUCUGUGGGAUCACCAGUACUCACAAUCAGGUAGCGUGUGGGAUUGUGGCCGGUCUGCUUCAUUUCUUCUUCUUGUCUGCGUUCUGCUGGAUGCUGCUGGAGGGAGUUCAGCUCUACCGGAUGGUUGUGCUUGUGUUUCACACCACAUUAAAACACCUCUACAUGUAUUUGGUGGGAUACGGAGUCCCUCUCGUCAUCGUCACCAUCUCUGCCAUCGCCUUCCCAGCAGGUUAUGGGACCAGUAGACACUGCUGGCUCUCUCUCGAUCUUUACUUCAUCUUGAGUUUCUUCGUGCCAGUCUGCAUCGUCAUGAGCCUCAAUUGUUUCUUCUUCAUCAUCACUGUCUGGAAACUGGCCCAGAAGUUAUCCAGCCUCAAUCCAGACCUCUCCAGCCUCCACAAGAUCAGGAGUUUCACGGUGACCGCUGUGGCUCAGUUGUGUGUUCUCGGAGGAACGUGGGUCUUCGGCUUCUUCCUCUUCCAGGAGGACGGGACUGAAGUCAUGUUGUACCUCUUCACGAUCUUAAACAGCCUGCAGGGGGCGUUCAUCUUCAUCAUGCACUGCCUGCUGUCCAAACCGGUCAGGACGGAGUAUUACACCCUGUUUGUCCGAAUGUGUCCACACAAGAAGAAAGUGGAAUACAGUAUCAGCAGCAUUCAGAAACCUCUACGGAGCGAAGACAGCACAGGAGAGUCCAAGAUAUAAAGCACUUGUCAUAUUCUGAUUUUACCAACCCUUAAGCACUUGAACAGUUUUGUAAAAAAUGAAGAUUAUCCACAAAGCUUCAGUUUGACAGGAGGUCGUCAAUUCGUCCUCCUUAUUCCUGUCCAAUCAGAAGAUCUGAAAACUGCUGAACUUUAGAAAGAAUAUAUAUAUAUAUAUAUAUAUAUAUAUAUAUAUAUAUGCUUUAUUUACAGUUAUAAGCUUGUCAUCUGAACGGCUAAAAUGGUUCCUGAAUUUAUUUUGUUAUUAAAAUGUAUUUUGAAAAAGAUUAUUGUUUUAAGCUUUAAUAUUUCUAGUCAGUUUUUCUCUUGGUUUUGUCAAUUAAUUGUAACAACCGUGUUUGAUAUUAAUUAGUAACUGACAUAAAUAAUUUAAUUAUUAAGAUCUGGUAUUAUUAUUCUUAAAUAACUCAAAGAUUGCAGUUGUUAAACAUGAUAUUUUUCAAUGCAAAUACAGAGAGAACUAAUGAAUACACAAAUAAAACUGAGUGGAAGCAAGUGAAAGUGUUGGGAUUUCUGGGAAAUGAGCAGGAAAACAAAAACUUGUGGAAAACCGGAGAGAAGCUUUUGGAAAAGGUGAAAUAAACAUCUAAAGGCCAGAUGGACAGAGACUCCGAGGGUGCAAGGUGACAGAGGAAAUCAAUGUGAUUUUGAAAGAUUACAGAAAUCACAUCUGUUUCGUAAUAUGGAGCUGAAAUUGACUUUUCUGGACGAGUAGAUAGUUUCACUUUCAUCUUCUGACAUUUAAGUGUUUUCAACUGAUUAUUCUGUGAUAUUCUGUCUCCCCCUUCAGGUCGAAGCCAAGCAACGCACAUAUUUUAACAUCAAUGUGCACGUUUUUCUGUUUUUGGACGACAAACGUAACCUCUGCAGGAUGAUCGGAGAAUGCGGGAGAAAGAUUGAUAAAUCAUUAAUAAUCAUGACCCAUAAAAACACUAGGAUCAC